UGCCAGCACUGCAAGAUUCUUCGAGCGAAACCAGAAGCCCCCGAGAUGUCUGGCCUAUCGGUUGGACGCCUACAGCCAUUUUGCCGUCCAUUUUCCUACGUUGGUAUCGACUACUUCGGACCGAUGCACGUAGUUAUCGGUAGGAGGACCGAGAAACGAUGGGGUGUACUCAUAACCUGUCUAACUGUGCGAGCAGUACACCUCGAAGUCGCACACAGCCUCACCACCGACUCAUGCAUUCUCGCCAUACGAAACUUCAUCGCCAGGAGAGGUGCCCCGGUUCAGAUCAUCAGCGAUCGAGGCACCAACUUCAUCGGAGCCAGCCGCGAACUGAAGGAAGCCCUGCAGCAAGUGAACCAGGACAAGUUGAUGGAACACUUCGUCACCACUGAUACGAAAUGGACGUUCAACCCUCCGGCGUCACCACACUUCGGCGGAGCCUGGGAACGCCUAGUUCAGUCCGUGAAGAAAUCCCUCAAGCACCUACAACUCACCCGCACACCCACAGACGAGAUAUUACGGAACACGCUUACGGAGAUCGAGCUUACCGUUAAUUCUCGACCACUAACCGAACUACCGCUAGACGACGAGCUAUCGCAAGCGCUCACUCCGAAUCACCUUUUGAUCGGGUCGUCAGACGGUUCAAAGCCCCCGAUCGCAUAUGACGACAGCAGCUACGCUCUGAAGCACACCUGGAGAAUGUCGCAGGUCUACGCCAACCGGUUCUGGCGGCGUUGGGUAGAGGAAUACCUGCCCACACUCACACGAAGGACAAAAUGGUUUAACCGUGCCAAGCCGAUUGAGGAAGGAGACAUCGUUAUCAUCGUGGACGAGACACUGCCAAGGAACUGCUGGCCGAAAGGUCGGGUGGUACAUGCAAUCCGGUCCAAGGAUGGACAGGUUCGUCGUGCACUGGUGCAGACUGCAACUGGAGUUCUUGAGAGACCAGCCGUGAAGAUCGCGGUGUUGGACGUCGGUGCAAACGUGAGUACUUCGGAGCAGUAACCUCGAAGUACUGCGGGGGAGUGUCGCAACCAUGUGUUAAACCGUUUUUUCGCACUGGGUCGCGCCGCACCAACACACUCAACCACAGCGACGGUAGGUACCGCUGUAUCACACCUUGUCCGCACGAAACGUCAGUGAUAGCGGAUAGAAAAACAGUGAACUGAAAACUAUCGACUGAAAAAACGUGUUCGCCCGAGAAUUCGAUAAUUAUUACUAAUUUAUAAUAUAAUAAAGCUAAUAGUACGUUCUAGUUUGCAAUAAGUGAAGCCUAUUGCGGUUAUUGUGAAUCUUACAUCUAAUAGUACGGUGGUAAUCCUUACAAACUAAUAGUACGGAUAGUAAGCGUAGGUUAGUAGAUACAUGCAAUGCUUGAUAUAUGCAAUCACAGUUUAGACUAGAUAAGAUUAAAAUUUGAUAUUUGUGCUACAGCUGCUGUUCUGGAAACAAAAAAGAGAAGAGUGCCUUAAGCGUCUAAUAUUAAAAAUAAGUACCAAACACUCAAGAAACAGUAUUCCCACAUCCGAUCCUGUAACGAUACACUGAAGGGACACUAAACGUAAGUCUAUCAUAUCUACAGUUAAAAUAAUCAAUAUUUACAAAAAAUAUUCAUGUAAAAAAACAACAACAAUAUGCACAACAACAAAAUAACGAAAUACUUAUAUCAUUUUAUAAUUAUAAUCUCUCACGAUAGGA